CGGACUGUCCCGGCUGGUUCUCUGCAGCCUGGAGGUGGAGAGAAGCUCCCCGCUGACUGGACAUCAGCACCCGGUCGGUUCGGAACCGAUCCGAGCUUUUUAAACAACUUCCGCUUUAAAAACAAGCCCGGAAUAAAUCAGGAACAUCAGCGGAGACUCCCCACGUCUUCACCCCGCCGACUGCUGCCUCUGCCGGGGCGCGCUCGGAGCGGCGCACCGCUGGUCUCCGCUGGACCCAAACGGAUCUCCAGUUCAUUGGUUCCGAUGAAACGUUCUCCAGCAGGCUGCUGAACCUCUUCAGACAGAGCAGUGCCGCCAUGCUGAAGCCGGGUGACCCCAGCGGUUCGGCCUUCCUCAAGGUGGACCCGUCCUACCUGCAGCACUGGCAGCAGCUCUUCCCGCAGGCCCAGCUCAAGGCUCCGCUGGCCCCGCCACCGCCUCCGCCUCCACCAGACCGCCUCUCCAUCGCCGUGGACGCCCUGCGCCCGUCCCGCCUGCACGCGCACCUCCUGGCCUGCACAUCCUCUUCCUCAUCUUCCUCCGCCUCCUCAUCCUCCGCAGCUCCUUCCUCUUCCUCCUCCAUCUCCGCCCCCGCGGGCCUCGCUCAGCUGCCCGUCCCGCAGCAGAUCGCGCUCUUCGGGCAGGCGCUGGCCCCGGCGCCGGGGGCCGCGGCGGACCUGGUGGUGGUGGUCCCCCCGGACAACCAGCAGGGCCACAACCCGGCCGCGGAGCUCCUCCAGCAGGCCAAGGAGCAGCGGUGCGCGGCGGUCGGGGUGGUGUCGUCCAGCGUGAAGGGCGGCGGCGCGGAGGAGUGUGGGAAGGCUGCGGGGGGGCGAUGCAAGCUGACCUCCGAGGAGCUGGACUACUACCUGUACGGCCAGCAGAGGAUGGAGAUCAUCCCGCUGAGCAACCACACCGGGGAGCUCAACAACCGUUGCGACAUGUGUGCAGAUAACAGGAACGGCGAGUGUCCGAUGCACGGCCCUCUUCACUCACUGCGCCGCCUGGUGGGCACCAGCAGCACUGCAGCGCCAGUUCCUCUGCCGGAUGUCCCUGAUUGGCUGAGGGAUCUGCCCAGAGAGGUGUGUCUCUGCACCAGUACGGUUCCCGGUCUGGGUUACGGGAUCUGUGCCGCCCAGAGGAUCCCUCAGGGAACCUGGAUCGGCCCGUUCCAGGGCGUCCCCCUCCUGGUGGAUAAACUGCACUCCGGGGCCGUCAGGAACACCAGACACCUGUGGGAGAUCUAUGAUGCAGAGGGAACGUUGCAGCACUUUAUAGAUGGAAACGAUCCCAGUAAAUCCAGUUGGAUGAGGUACAUCCGCUGUGCGAGACACUGUGGGGAGCAGAACAUGAUGGUGGUCCAGUACAGGUCGUGCAUCUUCUACAGAGCCUGCAUGGACAUCCCCAGAGGGACGGAGCUGCUGGUUUGGUACAACGACUCGUACACGUCCUUCUUCGGCAUCCCGCUGCAGUGCAUCGCUCAGGACGAAAACCUCAACGUUCCAGCUACAGUGGUGGAGGCCAUGAGCAGACAGGAAUCCCUCCAGUCCUUCAGCAAAAACAGCAAGCCGUCCUCGUCUUCAUCGUCCUCCUCCUCCUCCCCUCCGGCCGCCCUGCUGCGCUCCAUGGUCUUCCCCCACUCCCCCUGCUCCCGGAGCUUCUCGCUGCUGGACAAGGUCGGGGUCGGAGUUCAGUCGGACUCCGGCUUCGGCCAGCUGGGCUCGAAGAACCAGCGGGUUCUGGCGAGCCCGACCUCCACCAGCCAGCUGAGCAGCGAGUUCAGCGACUGGCAUCUGUGGAAGUGCGGCCAGUGCUUCAAGACCUUCACCCAGAGGAUCCUGCUGCAGAUGCACGUCUGUCCGCAGAACCCCGACAGGCCGUACCAGUGUGGCCACUGCUCCCAGUCCUUCUCGCAGCCGUCGGAGCUGAGGAACCACGUGGUGACGCACUCCAGCGACCGGCCCUUUAAGUGCGGAUACUGCGGCCGCGCCUUCGCCGGCGCCACCACCCUCAACAACCACAUCCGGACGCACACCGGAGAGAAGCCGUUCAAGUGUGAGCGCUGCGACCGCAGCUUCACGCAGGCGACGCAGCUCAGCCGCCACCAGCGACUCCCCAACGAGUGCAAACCGGUCAACGAGAGCAGCGAGUCCAUCGAGGUGGAUUAACCUCUGACCUCCGGCUGGCCGCCGCCUCACCGUCCAUCCAUCCGUCCACACCUCAGAGUCUGACCCGUCCAGACGUCUGCCCUCCUCUCUUCCCGCCGCGGCGUUCCCGGACUCCACCGACGUUCAUCCUGUUUACAGAAAUCUAAAAUCGCGGCAGAAAUCAGCCGAUCCUCUGCUCUGGUUCUGCUGCCGGACUCGUGCAGAAACAGAUCCGGGUUCAGAGAAACGGAGUGAAAACCACCAAACCAAAGAUCGGAGCGUCGGAGCGUUCUGGACACGGAUAUUUACUGGAGACGUCUGGGAAAACCACCAUGCUUUGUUCCAAAGAAAACCUUCUGAAAAGCCAAACAAAGCGACUGAUUGUCUUCCUGCAGCUUCACCUCCAGGUGACGGACAGAGAGGCUCACCGACCCGUUUACGGCCCAAACCCACAGCAGCGACUGCAGAACCAGAAAGAGAAAAACAUAUUCUAUUUAUCUUCCGGCUCAUAUCGUGCUGCAAGCACUUUUUAUUUUGGAACGUUAAGUUAAUAUUUGCAGCUGUAAUGUUGAUAGAUGUACAGAGGGAUUUCUUAUAGAAAUGAUCCCAGAGUUAAUAUGAAGCAUGACUUCAAUCAUCUUCACAUUCAGACGUUUCUACUUCCUGUUUCCUGUUUUCUAAAUCUUUGAAGGAAACUCGACUCUGAAUGUUUUAAACUCUCCUUCCUUCUUCUCUCAAAGAGUUUAUUUGAUGCACCGAAGCCUCAGACGUGUAAAUAAUGAUGAAGAUCCGGUUUGUAUUAAAACAGUCGUCGUGCCUGAGAGUUAAAAAGCUUUAAAUCGGCUCCGAUCCAAAGAAACACCGAAAAUCAGCACAGAGGGAUGUUUCACUGAGGAGGGGAGCUGGCGACAUGUUUCACUUUAAUAAUAAAACACUUUGAUUUGACGACAUGGCGACUCGUCAUCAACGUCACUGACAGGUUCUGGGCAUUUCAGAAUAAAAGACUGAAAUGAGGGAGACAACUCAGCGUUUUAUUAAAAUGUUGAUUCUACUGGAUCCGCCCACUGGAGCGGUUCCCUCUUCAGAACCCGGCUGAUUUAAAUCCGGACUCUGAGUCCUGAGGAACUCCUCCCUCCUGAGUGAAGCAUCUCUGUUUUCACGGCGCAGACUGAGCCGAUGCUGGAUGUGUACAGGUUUUAUAUGAUGCAUCAGAUCCACUUCCUGUUUGGAUCCACUUCCUGUUUGGAUCCAGAGGAUCUGAAGUCAGUUUGAUCUGUGAUUUCUAAAACUUUCCAUGUUUAAUACGAACCAAAGAUCCAGGCUGAGUUCAGGUUCUGCUUCCUGCCGUUGGUCGGAUCUCUGCAUGAGUUUCUCUCUUCUGGUUUUGUUUUUUAACAAACAUAAAUCAAAAUGACUUUGAUCCGCUGGAAAUAAAACUGACAUCCUUUUGAUUCUGAUCUGCAACUUUCUGAUUUUUUCCUUCUGUUUUAUUUUUACAUUUUCACCAUAAAGAGUUUCUGAGCCUAAAUGACCAGAUCCACAGAAAAAAGCAAGAAUAAAAUGUUUAUGUUGA